GCGCGGCGCCCGCCCACCGCCGCCCUCCGCUCCCCUCCCCUCCUCCGCGGCGAUGGCGGCGGCGAUUAUGGCGGCGGAGCAGGAAGCCGCCAAAGGCGGCGGCAGGAACCGCGGCGGCGUGCAGCGAGUGGAGGGCAAGCUGCGCGCCAGCGUCGAGAAGGGCGACUAUUAUGAGGCGCACCAGAUGUACCGGACGCUUUUCUUCAGGUAUAUGUCACAAGGAAAACACGCAGAAGCAAGAGAACUGAUGUAUUCAGGGGCUCUGCUGUUCUUCAGUCAUAACCAGCAAAACAGUGCUGCUGAUCUCUCAAUGCUGGUUUUGGAGUCCUUGGAGAAAUCGGAUGCAAAAGUAGCAGAUGACCUUUUAGAAAACUUGGCUAAAUUGUUUAGUUUAAUGGAUCCAAAUUCUCCUGAAAGAGUGGCUUUUGUAUCCAGAGCAUUAAAAUGGUCCAGUGGGGGAUCAGGAAAACUUGGACAUCCAAAGCUGCACCAGUUACUAGCAAUUACCCUGUGGAAAGAGCAAAACUAUAGUGAGUCUCGGUAUCACUUCUUGCACUCCACAGAUGGUGAAGGAUGUGCAAAUAUGCUGGUAGAAUACUCCUCGUCCAGGGGAUACCGCAGUGAGGUGGACAUGUUUGUAGCACAGGCAGUACUACAGUUUCUCUGCUUGAAAAAUAAGACCAGUGCAUCAGUGGUUUUUACAACAUACACAGAGAAACACCCUUCAAUAGAAAAGGGCCCUCCCUUCGUUCAGCCGCUGCUAAACUUCAUCUGGUUCCUGUUGUUGGCAGUUGAUGGAGGAAAACUAACAGUAUUUACAGUAUUGUGUGAACAGUAUCAACCCUCACUGAAAAGAGAUCCCAUGUAUAAUGAGUACCUAGAUAGAAUAGGACAGCUGUUCUUCGGUGUUCCGCCCAAGCAGACGUCGUCCUACGGAAAUCUUUUAAACAGCCUGAUGGGAACUGGAGAAGAUGAUGACACAGAAGAUGGCCAAGAAGACAGCAGCCCUAUUGAGCUCGACUGAAUGAUGCUUGUCACUGGGUGCCGUGUAAAUCCGACGAUUCGAUGACUCCAAAGACGCUUUGGGAAUUUGAAUCUUGCAAAGUUGUUUCAGGGCGCCUAAAAGGGGCUCCUCUGGUCUUUUAGAAAUGGUUGCUGAAAUGUUUAUAAUGUUUGGUCUAUAUUAUUUAUGUAAAAAAUUUAAAAAAAAAAAAAGGAAGAAGGAGAAGAAGAAAGGAAGGAAGCAACAAAAAAGUAGCCAACUGAACCAACGGGAGCAAUUGUCAGCAGGGUUCCGAUGCGGCGGCUGGUGACUGGUGAUUAAAAUAUAGUCUUCUACGGUUUCUGAUGCAGUAUUCCCUUUUGCACACUUAAUUCAGUAAAGCAUAACUAUGUCUCUUGUACUUCAUGGCCUACCCCAUACUGUCUUUGUUAUGGAAAGCUUCCUUGAUGGCCAUCACCUCCGAGGAAGGACUCGACAGGCAGGGUGAUCGAUUGAGUAGUUUAUCUGCGAGGCUGAUGCCAAAAGUAAAGCACUGCAGGCCGAGCCGGGCAGCGUAAGUGGAGAUGCAGAUCCAAGAGACACUGACAGCAGGAGCUCGCUCCCACUGCCAUCGGUAACAUGCACGCCUUUCAUACUGCCUUGCACUCUGCUUGAGGUCUGCCUCUGGCCCAGCGUGUUUAACUGAUACUUCCAGAAAAGCACAAGCUUGAGUUGCUCUUGAGUAAAAACCAAUCAGUGGAACACAAGUAAUUGGCUUCCAUGUGGCUCUCUUGCCUAAGUAUAAAAAUUUGGCAUCUCAGAUACCUCCUCCUCUGGUUUGUGGCUCUUACUCCUUGUGGGACAGGUUCUCUUUCAAAGUUCACAACCACACCUUAAAGGCAAGAGUGGCAGAGUGAACGAAAUGAUUUGCCAGAAGCAGCGCCUGAGUCUUAACUGCAGCUGUCUGUAAAGAAAAGGGAUACUGCAGAACUCUUGAUUAUGAUCUAUUUAUUUUGUUUUCCUUGGGGUUGUUGAUUCAGUUAACACUUUCUGAAUGAAAAAGAAGAAGAAAAAGCAAAAAAAAAAGAUAAAUAAAUCAAUAAAUAAUGGAGUUACUUCAACCCCAGUGGUAGGCAUAGCCAUUCUCCAUCCUCCUCCUUAACGCAGCACGGCGGAUGGCAGUGGGGCAGGGAAACAGAUGAAAGGGUGGGGGAAACGCUUUAUUUUUUCAUUAAAAAAGAAAAGCUUAGAUUAAUAAACAGCAAUCAGUGCAUGGGGGAGGGAGGGAGGGAGCAGUACAAAGUGAUUGACUGUAUGAAAAAGAAAAAAAGGCCUUGAAAGGAAGACUUUGUGUGAAUUGUGAAGUCUCAAAUAAACACUUUAUACCAGGA